AUGGCUCUCCACCCAGUGUCUCUGCGCGUCAAUCUUCUAUCUGAACCCUUGGGCAUCGAUACGUCACAGCCAGAAUUCAGCUGGCAGCUCUCCGCCCAGCAGGCUGCGGUGCUACAGUCGGCGUAUCAAAUCCAGGUCUCCGAGAGACUGGACUUCAGCGCUCCUCAUUGGGAUAGCGGUGUGAUUACGUCUGACCUUCCAUAUGAAGCCCAGUAUAACGGCGCAGCACUGGUUUCAUGCCGUCGGUACUACUGGCGGGUGCGCGUAUGGGAUCAGGUAAACCAACCGGGCAACUGGAGCGAUGUCAGUUGGUUCGAGACGGCCUUUCUGCCCGGAUCGAACGGACCGAACGCCCAGUGGAUCAGUCGGAAGUCCCUCACACCCUUGUCUUCACAGCUUCAAGAUCGUGAUGUGCUAUACUUCCGCCGUGAUAUCACCCUGCAGCAGCCAGCUUGUCGUGCGCGGGUAUACGCUUCUGGCCUGGGGUGGUAUAAACUGGUGAUCAACGGCGUCAACGUGACCGGCCGAGCGCAGGUACCACGCUGGACGCCAUACGAAAACCACCUUGAGUAUUCUGUUUUUGACGUUGGUCUCGUGCUGCGCGAAGGUCAUAACUGCCUUGGUGCCAUCGUCGCCGACGGUCACUACCGAGGAGAAAAUAACGGACUGAGCCAUCGCAACUGCUAUGGUGACCGACUAGGCCUUUUUUGCCUGCUCGUCGUCGAUCUGGAAGACGGGCAGCAGAUGAUAGUCCGCAGUGACAAUGACUGGGCUGUCACCACCGGUCGCAUCGUGCAUUCGGACCCUAAGGCGGGCGAGACCGCCGACUUUCGUAUCCCGGAUGUGUUUGACGACGACAUGAGCAGCGGCCUUCAUGCCUGGGAGUCGACUGAUAUCCUCCCCAUACCAACCAAGCACCUCAUUGCCGAGGAGACUGUCCGUGUAGACGAAAUUGACCGACGGCCCACCACGCACGUCUGGUGGUCCCCCAAGGGCCAAAUGCUUGUCGAUUUUGGACAGAACAUGGUCGGUCAUGUUCGUGUCUUGCUUCGAGGCCCUCGCGACACCAAAGUCACGCUUACAUUUAGUGAGGUCCUCACGCCCGAAGGUGAACUUGACCUCGCGUACCUCGAGCCGGUUGGCAAGGAUCGCCCUCAGCAGGACAAAGUUUUACUGUCAGGUACCCCAGCGGGGGAUUGGUUCGAACCCAUGUUUACCAUCCACGGUUUCCGUUACGUCGCGCUUACCGGGCUAGAUGCCCUUCUCUCGCCGGACGAGAUCGAAGCCAUUGUCAUCUCCUCACAGUUCACGGGCUGGGCCGAGUUUGACUGCUCCGAUAGCCGCCUGGCACAACUCUUCCGCAACACCGUUUGCAGCUUUCGGGGUAACUUCACGGAUACGGCUACCGACUGUCCCACGCGCGAGCGCUCUGGUUGGACAGGAGACCUCCAGGUCUUCGCAUCAACAGCGGUACUGCUGACGCGUGACGUGCAGAGCUUCCUGCGCCGGUACCUGCGCAACCUGCGUGCGGAACAGUGGGAUGACGGCCGAAUUCCCCCAUUCAUUCCGUCAGGCGACUCGAAGUUCGCUGGUGUGUCGUGGCUGUCGCGGCUGACUGCCAGUGCCGUCGGCUGGGGCGAUGUCUGUGUUCACCUGCCAUGGAAGAUGCAUUGCCACUUCGGUGAAACCACCAUCCUUGAACGCCAAUUUGAUAGCAUGCGGCGCUGGGUUGACGCGCUAGCCGAGCGGGCUCGUAAUAAGCGCAGCUGGACACGUUGGCUAUUUGGGGGUCCUGCCGAGGUGGAACAAUAUAUCGUUGAUACUGGCUUUCACUGGGGGGAGUGGCUGCGCCCGGGGGAGACAUCGCUGGUGCCAUUGCUUGUUAAUUUGUUCUUGUGGCCGAAUGCCGCCAUUCCUACUGCAUAUUUAGCGGAAUCUAGUCGAAUCUUAGGCGAGAUAGCCGGGGCCUUAGGUCGCAAGGAGGACGAGGCAUCGUACCGCGAGCUGGCCUGUCGUGUCCGUGAAGCGUGGCAGAAGACCUUUGUCUCUGGCGGUGGCUACCAUAUUGCCCAUGAUAAGCAAGAUGACUACGUGCGCGCGGUCCAAUUCGGGCUGGUGUCCGGAGUCGAAAAAGAAGCAGCGCUGGCGCGACUAGCACAACUUGUGGAGCAGGCUGAGUACCAUUUGGCAACCGGCUUUUUGAGCACAGGUGAACUUUUACCCACACUAAUCACAAACGGUUACGUGGAGGAAGGCUUUCGCGUGCUAUUGCAGACGACGGCGCCGUCGUGGCUGUACGCUGUGGAGCACGGCGCAACAACCGUCUGGGAGUCGUGGGAAGGCUGUACGCCGGAAGGCCAGGCUGUGCUCUCGCAGAAUCACUACGCCCCAGGCGCCGUUGUGGCUUGGCUACUGCAAGGGCUUGCCGGGAUCAACCCUGCUGUUCCAGGCUGGCGACGCAUUCGCAUUGCGCCGCAAAUUGGCAGUAUCAUGCAUGCAUAUGGGAGUGUGGAUACUCCAUUUGGACGAGUCACAUGUCACUGGCGCCGCGAGCAAGAAACGGACGAUAUACAUCUUGAACUCCAUAUCCCUCCCGGCACGACAGCCGAAGUUCAAAUUGGCGAUGGGGUUGUGCUGUCAAAACCCUCUGGGUACUACAGAGUAACGUGGAGCGGUAGCCAAUGGGCGGAAGACUCAUCGUAG